AGCUAUUCUUGAAACCAAGAGGCAUUUCUCCACCUUGCCUUUUGACACCCUAGGCUUUUUGGGGUUUUUUUAGAGGGGUUCUCCAGUGUUUGCCUGAGCAGAAAGCGGGUUGGUGUGUGAGGUUGCCAGUCGCCUCUCUCACAAGAGCUGGACGUCGUUAGGGGGUCGUGUCGUGUUCGGGAAUGACACCGAGUAGGGAGCAGCGUACGGAUGACCUUGCUCCGCAAAGUCAAGUCCACAGUGCCCGGUGGUCACAUCAUGACCCUGACUCCGCCUGGGCCUGGACCUGAGAAUGACCCUCUGUUCUCCUGCUUUCAGGGAUGACUCUGUCCCGGAGGACAACAUCUGGAGGGGCAUCCUCUCUGUCGUCUUCUUCUUCCUCAUCAUCAGUGUGCUGGCCUUCCCCAACGGUCCUGGAACAGCGUGUGCCCGUCCCAGGGAAGCACAGAGUAACAGAGGUCCAUUUACUCGGCCACAUCCAGCCUUAUGGAGAAUGGUUUUUGGGCUCAGCGUGCUCUACUUCCUCUUCCUGGUCUUCCUGCUGUUCCUGAACUUCGAGCAGGUGAAGUCCCUGAUGUACUGGCUGGACCCCAACCUCCGCUACGCCACCAGGGAGGCUGAUGUCAUGGAGUAUGCUGUGAACUGUCAUGUCAUCACCUGGGAGAGGAUUAUCAGCCACUUCGACAUCUUUGCAUUUGGGCAUUUCUGGGGCUGGGCCAUGAAGGCCUUGCUGAUCCGCAGUUACGGCCUCUGCUGGACCAUCAGCAUCACCUGGGAGCUGACGGAGCUCUUCUUCAUGCACCUCCUGCCCAACUUCGCCGAGUGCUGGUGGGACCAGGUGGUCCUGGACAUCCUGCUCUGCAACGGCGGUGGCAUCUGGCUGGGCAUGGUCGUCUGCCGCUUCCUGGAGAUGAGGACCUACCACUGGGCGAGCUUCAGGGACAUCCACACCACCACUGGGAAAAUCAAAAGAGCUGUGCUGCAGUUCACCCCUGCUAGCUGGACCUACGUCCGAUGGUUUGACCCCAAGUCUUCAUUUCAGAGAGUGGCCGGAAUAUACCUUUUCAUGAUCAUCUGGCAGCUGACCGAGCUGAACACCUUCUUCCUGAAGCACAUCUUUGUGUUCCAAGCCGGCCACCCGCUGAGCUGGUGCAGGAUCCUCUUCAUUGGCGGCAUCACCGCUCCCACAGUGAGGCAGUACUACGCUUACCUCACCGACACGCAGUGCAAGCGCGUGGGGACCCAGUGCUGGGUGUUCGGGGUCAUUGCCUUCCUGGAAGCUAUUGUUUGCAUAAAAUUUGGACAAGACCUCUUCUCUAAGACACAGAUACUGUAUGUUGUGCUUUGGCUCCUUUGCGUGGCCUUCACCACCUUCCUGUGCCUGUACGGCAUGGUCUGGUACGCGGAGCACUGUGGCCACCGAGGCAAGACCUAUUCAGAGUGUGAAGACGGCACCUACAGCCCAGAUAUUUCCUGGCCUCACGGGAAAGGCACAAAAGGUUCUGAAGACGGCACCCCCAAGCAUCCGGGCAACAAUGAAAGCCACUCUUCCAGGAGAAGAAAUCGACAUUCCAAGUCAAAAGUCACCAACGGAGUUGGAAAGAAAUGAGAGACCCCGGUUAAUCAGAGAUGUUCCCGAGAGUGCCUAGAACUGAGGGAGCCGGAAUCACUGAGCCUCCCUGCUAGGAGGUGACAACGUGCAGUGCACACGGGAAGAGGAGAGGGGACUUUGGGGGGGUCAUUGUUUGAGGGUGUAAGUCUUGUUUCCCACAGACACGGCCACAUCAGGCAGACCACCGCCUGGGGUGCCCUGCCGGUGUGGGGUCCCUUUAAAGCCAGCGCUGGCCUGCGGUCACCAGUAGCGACCAGUGUGCUCAAGGGGAAGGGAGCUGAUUUUCUCACCGCUGCCAGCAGCAGCCUGCGCUUGGGAGCAUUGUGGGUACAGGUUACACACCGCCAUCCAGACGGGGCGGUGACCGUGCAGCUCGUGGACUGGUCACCAGGUGUUCUUACGAGUCCGCCUUCCCAUCCAGUCGGUUUACAUUCAGGCCACUUUUCUGUGUUUUAUUUUGUUGUUAGUCGUUUUUAAGUUAAGAUGCUUAAAAACCUUCCGAAGCCACUGCUGAAGUUGAACUGGGGAGGGCUCCCCUCUCUCCUAGAAAAAGAGAAGGGGGAGCUUUUUUGUUACUGUUUUGCAAACGUCAUCCCCUUUUCAGAACCUGAGACCACGCAGCAGGCGUAAACCAGCCCGAGGAAGGGUUAGCUGCCUCCGCAGGACCUGGGCUUCAGCUCAGACCUGUUGUGUACCGUUCGGGCUCACUGCCCACACUCACCCGCGGUGCACAGCCACGGGCCUGCUCGAGGGCCGCGCGCUCCCCCCACAGCCAGGUGCCUUUACAUCCUACCUGUUUCCUUCCGUGGCGUGUUGCUGACAUUGUACUCCCAAGCGAGGUGCUGGUGAGUGUUACCUCCAUCAUCCAUGCGCUAGAAAGUUUACCCGACAGCUCACCACCUCUGAUGGCUCCUGUUCUAAAUAAAACAAUUCACGUGAAAGCUUGUCACA